AUGAGCCUUACUUCAGAUACUACAAAUCUCAGAGAACUUUCUGGAUUUUAUAUUAUUAUGCCAUCUGGUAUACUUGCUAGUAUUCCGAAUGGUAUCUGCUUAAUUUACCUUUUGACGAGAACGCUGAAGCGAUGGUGGGUAACUAAGAGACCCUUACCGAUGGCUCAUAGGGUGCCAUUUUAUAUAGCAUUUUCCGAGUUCAAUUUAUUUUAUAUGAAUUCUAUUAACAUGGUAUAUUCGGCAGUUAAUGGUCAUACUAUUCAAGGAACAGCGUGUAAAUGGGCUGGUGGAUUAACCUUCUUCUUUGUCUCAGUUAAUACGUCUUUAGUUGGAUUAUUAUCUUUGACGACCUACCUUCGAAUAU